CUCUCAUACGACACAUCACGCGCAACCGCAUGAACCUGAGACUCGCUACCUGCAUUCACGAAGCCGCAGAAGCUAACGUGGACGCGCACAUGGUAGCCGGAGAUAAGGUGGUUGUGCCUGGUGAAGAAUUAUCUUCUGCUGGUAAAAGUAUUAGAGCUAAGAAUAAAGAAUCAGGUUCGGUGGGAGACGGAGAC